AUGCCGGAUUAUUCGGAGCAAGAGCUGGCUCAGGUUGGUUUCUUCCGGGGAAAAUGAGAAAAAUUAAAGAAUUUCAGCAAUUGGCUUUCGCCACUUUGGAGGAUAUGCGAAUGGAGUGCGAGAUGGCGAUUCCGGCCGGAACGGAGCCGAAAAAUGAGAAGGCGGUACGGAAAAAUCGUCUGAAAAAGAGCACAUUUCAAAUUUCCAGAAUCUGGGAGCGAUGCCGUCGGUGGCGCUUGCGAAUAUCCUCAAAUUCGUCGGCUCGAACGUCUCCAAUCCGCCGCCCGAAUACCACUUUUACCUCCAAUCGAAAAGUGUCCGAAAAAUUCGUGAUCGAUACGGAAAAGCGGAUAAAUAUUACGCCGUGAAGAAUUUGAUGGCGUUGCGGGCGGUGAACCGGAAUUUCAACGCGGUGAUCAUGCACGAAAUGUUGCCGGGACAACACUACGAUCGCGUGGAGGUCGACGUGAAAAUACGUGGAUUCAAGGACACUCGCGCCGUCGCCGUCUACAAAUACGGCGGCACCGGCAGCCAGAAGCCGGCGAUCCGGCUCUCGAGAGUGAAACGAUUCGACGAGUACCUCUACGAACACAUUCAGUCCGUUUUUACUGUUGACACGAGAGAACUACAUUUUUACCCGUUUUUUUCCACAAAUUUCCGAUUUCAGACGUUUCGAGUGCAUCAGAUUUCUGUACGUGUCGGACAUGGUGAUGAACGAGGAGCUGAUGGAGAAGAUUCUCGAGCUCAACCUGACGCGCGCGCAGAAAAUCACGUUCGAACGGAUUCGCGAGAUCCGCUUCGAUCCCUCUGUCAACGUGCGCGCCUACAUUCAGCAAUUUCUCGCGAAAUUGAAUUCCGAGGCGAAAGUGUUCUUCAAUUCGGAGGUCUUCAAUCCGAACGUCGAAUUGUUCGAGCCGAGUGAACAGUACGCGAUCACUGGCGACGAGGUUCGCGAAAUCAGGUUCGUUUUGAUUUGAGAAAUGACAAUUUCUUUUAAAAAUAUCAAAAUUUUUAAAGUUGCCAACUCUUAGACUCUUAGAAAAACCCAUAAACGGAACAGCGCGCAGUUAAAGUUGUGAGAAGAGUUUUCACACUUGAGUUUUCUAGGCCACGCACCGUUCCGUUUUUAGGCAUCUCUGAGAAUUGGGACUCGGACAGUGUAUGCGGCAAUAAGACGCGGAAAUCAGACAGACAGAAAAAAUUUUCAAAAAAUCUGAGAGUUCCCUUGUCCUUUUAUACUAGACUUUUAAAAAAUACUAAAGUGUCGGUUUUAGAGAAAUUGAAAUGAUAAAGAAACGUCACUACGAAAUUCGCAGAAGACGAAAGCACGCGAAUCGCACGAGCAUUAAUAUCUUCCGUGCGCAGAGAACGCUCAAUGUGUGAGUGAACUACAUAACAUUUUGGUCGUGAUGAUCCGAUCGGUCUGAAACUUGGACCCAAUAUCCUUGCAUCCAAGUCCACGAAGCCUGCAAAGUUUCGGUCCGAUCGGAUUAUUGCAAAUGAGUCAAAAAUCUAGGCCUCAAAAAGCCUGGGCCGGCCUUUUGCCCAGCCCUGCAAAAAAAAAAACACUGAAAAUGAUCAUUUUUGCAGUGUCAGCCAUAUUCUCGACCAACCCGGCAGAACCCGAAACGUUUUCAAUCAGAAGGUCGUCUCGACGCGAUUGCGCCAAAAUUUGCACUCGAAAACGCGACAAAAGAGUGUGGAGCUGAAAAAGGCGGGAAAAUGGCAUCUGAAACGAGUGCUGACGCUGAUGAACUCGCGGCCGAUUUGCUCGAAACGAACGCUUUAUUACCAUCUGAAACAGCUGAAGAAGAUUGUCGGAGAAGGGGCGGAGCUUAGCGAACAGGAGCAGAACGAGAUUAUCGCAUUCUACAAAAUGGACCUCCAGAAACCGAUCAUCGAGCACUUCCCGUUCCUCAAAACGUUCCCGCAGGCGUGA